AUGGCCGAGCGGCUGUCGGAGGAGCAGAUCGCCGAAUUCAAGGAGGCUUUUUCCCUUUUCGACCGGGAUGGAGACGGUUGUAUCACCACAAAGGAGUUGGGCACCGUCAUGCGCUCGCUGGGGCAAAACCCCACUGAAGCGGAGCUGCAGGACAUGGUGGGGGGGCUGGAUGCCGGCGGCAGCGGCACCGUCGACUUCCCCGAGUUCCUCUCGCUGAUGGCGAGGAAGAUGAGGGAGAUCAAGGAGGCCGACUGCAACAACGACGGGCAGGUCAACUACGAGGAGUUCGUGAGGAUGAUGACGGAGAAGUGA